AUGAGCUGCCAACGUAACGCCGGCAAGAUUACGGUACCGGACGAUCUGCGGGACGUCCUGCUGGAGUUCACCAUCAGCUACCUGCUGGAACAGCCCGGCGACAUCAUCGACUACGCCGUGGACUUCUUCACGCGGCUACGCGACGCACGGCGUACGCAGCUGAUCCAGACGGACGGCCAGACCUGCUCGUCCACGCCGGACGAGUCUGUCGAUGAGGAGCCACCAGUCGGUCGGUUUGCUUCCAGAAGGAAGAGCGUUUUCGCGGAGACUUACAAUCCCGAGGAUGACGAGGAGGAUGACGGCUUCAAGAUGGUCCAUCCAAAGAGCGACGAGCAGCGACAAAGGCUCAGCGAGAGCGUCAAGAACAUACUCCUGUUUCGCGCUCUAGACGAAGAACAAAUGGCGGACGUACUGGACGCAAUGUUCGAAAAAACCGUUCAACCGGGAGACUUUAUUAUCCGUCAGGGGGAUGACGGCGACAACUUUUAUGUGAUCGAGAGAGGAAAAUUCGAAGUAUACGUCAAAGAUCCCACGACGAAUACAGAUAAUCAUAUUCACACUUACGAUAAUCGCGGUGCUUUCGGAGAAUUGGCCCUUCUGUACAAUAUGCCCAGAGCAGCCACUGUCAAAGGUAUCACGUCUGGCACACUCUGGGCCAUGGACAGGCAAACCUUCCGACGUAUUCUUCUUAAAUCCGCGUACAAGAAACGUAAAAUGUAUGAGAACCUUAUUAAUAGAGUGCCGAUGUUGAAGUCUCUGGAGGCUUACGAGCGGAUGAAUUUAGCGGAUGCCCUUGUACCGAAACAGUAUUCCGAUGGCGAACAGAUAAUUAGGCAGGGCGACACCGCAGAUGGAAUGUACUUCGUCGAGGAUGGCGUCGUCAGGAUCACCAGACUCGGCGAGCACGGCCGUGAAAUUGAGAUUAAUCGUGUUCCGGCUGGCGGUUAUUUAGGCGAGCUGGCACUCGUGACGCAUAAACCACGCGCUGCUUCGGCCUACGCUGUGGGAAACAUCAAACUGGCGUUUCUGGACGUUGAAGCUUUUGAACGUUUGCUUGGCCCGUGUAUGGAACUUAUGAAACGUAAUAUCGACGAUUAUGAAGAACAACUAGUGAAAAUUUUCGGCAGCAAAACCAACAUCUCUGACAUUCGAUGAACUGUUUCUGGACAAAGCUACGUCGCCAUGCGCUGUACUAAAGGAUGCGACACUUUCGUACAGCACGUAAUGUAUAACGAGCACAAAAGAACUUGUACCACCUAUUUCUGAAUCUCAUCCCGCGUGUUUCGGGUAUCAUCUCGGAAUCAACAACUGUUUCAUAUGACUGUUCACUUAGACGUAUACCUAUUAAGAUUCGUCGAUAAUAGUUACCAAGUUUAUACUUACGGCACACAUUGAACAAAGCUAUAGGCUGCUCGAUUAUGUGCGCGUGUAUGACGUAACGAGACGGUAUUAAUGACUAUUCUCUAAGACUGUAUUGGAUCAAAAAGGGAGUAUUAGUGCAUUCUGUCGCUCGCGCUCGAUCGUUUGUGAAAUGAAUAUCUUUUAUUUAUUAUUGCUCCAGUAAAAGAUUGGAAUAUAAUAUUUUCAAGUCUAGAACCCACAUGGACAUUAUACUAUUUAACUUAUCCCCGGAAUGAUUCAUUAUCAAGUUUAUCUCAAUGUAUUCAAUCUAUAUGCUCACAAAAUUUGUGUAUACUCUCGUGCAUUAUCCAUUUUUAAACAAAUCAGCGGCUACAUUUAUAAAACAUAGUAGGAGUAUAGAAUAUUCGAAAUUGAAUGCUCUUCUAACGUUACUUUCUGGCAAAAGAUAUAUUACAAGAGAAAUGACUAUAUUAGUAAUUGAAUAUUGACACAAAUCUCUUGCAAGGUUUCUACGAAAUAGAGUAAAGUGCAUAUUUCGGAUCAGAUCCUAAUUCGGAUCAGCAAAUUUGAAAUGCCUCUCUAGCCGACUGUACCUAUCAUAUAUGGAUUUUUUUCACUAAUUGUCUAUAGCGAUAAGGGAUAGCGAAAAUAUAGACGAUAGGGGAAAAAAUCCACAUAUGAUAAAUACAGUCAGCUAAAGAGGCAUUUCAAAUUUGCUGAUCCGAAAUAUGCACUUUACCCUACCUAAUAUGCAUAUCAUUCUUUCAAAGAUAAUGAAAGUAACAUUGCCAUUUUUAAUGAGAAAGAACUGUACAAUAUUCUUUGAUACAUCCAUUUAACAAUGUAAUAUCUUGAUAAAAUAUCAGGUCAGACAAUCAAGAUUUUGUAUAUUAUUCGCGGCGAGUAAUAAAUACGCACUUUGCGAAUAAAUAUGCACAUAUACAUACACAAAGAGGUAUUACACGUAACGCGCACAUAGUGGUAAAAUAAUUUUUUAAUUUAUAAUGUUACUUUAAUUUUAUUUUAUUUAUAAAUAGACACUCGACUCUUAUGUAUGAAUUACUUUUUUAUGUAUACUAAUAUAUCUUUCAUGUUAAAAACAAUGCAUUCACAGAAGUUAUCGUAGCUAUGUACAUAAUUAUUUAUAAUCAAAUUAGUAUAUAAUAUCACAUUAAUAGAUUUUUACUUGGAAAAAUCAAUUAUUUUUUAGUAAGCAAAAAAUAAAUUUAGAUAAAAGACUUUAUACAUGUUCCUUAUUAUAAUAGAAAUCAAUAAACGUCAGAGUCGUACAAACGCAUUCUAUUUCGGAUAUAGAGUACUCCAAAAAUGCAAGUCAUAGAAAGUCCAGAACUAAAGGAGCCUUAAAAUUGACUUAAAUGCGCGGAUAUAAUGACGCUAAACGAAUAUGUAUGCAUUGCGUGUGUACAUGUACAAAGUAAUAUAAAAGAACAUAUAUACAAACAUGCAUACAUAAAUGCGAAAUGAGAGAAGAAAGGGGCGUGACACUUUUUAAUUACUUUGAACUUGCAUGUAUCAGAUUAGGUAAAAACGGUAAAUUUUAUCGUAAAAAGGUAACCGCGCGUUUAAGCCAACGUUAAAUUCAAGUGUGUCUUGCCGAUAAAUAAUGGUAACUCGAGGAUCGAUUACGAGAAUCCGUCAACUUAUUUUUAUUACAGUACGGGACACGUUACGUGUAUGAUGAUAUACGUCUAUCAUCGUGAUAAAAGUCCAGUCGAAAACCGAUUCGAUUAUAGUAAUGGACAGGUGCGAAUGCUAGUCACUUUUUAUGACCGUGUUCUUGUCACAUUGUCUUCUGGCAAUUACAUUGGUCACGAAAAAAGGAAAGAUACUUUUUAAUACGGUGAACUGUGUAUUUACCACGUAACUGAAACUCGCGAUGAAGCGGCAGGGCUUUUUAAAUAAUAUCACAAUCGUGUGAGGGAGAAGAGGGAGACUCCUAUGAAAGUGAAAUAGAGAGAGAAUAAUAUAGGAAUUGUUAAUAACUGUUGUAUUAUCAAUUAUUCUUCACGUGCGACACUGAUGUCUUGCAUGGCCUUUAACUUUUUUUUCCAUGCAAAGCUCAUUCUCUUAUAAACCGCUUAACCAAAUCUCUUGAAAUUUUUCAAAUAAAUAGUUGAAUAAAUCAAAUUAAUAUUUCAACGAUCUAAAAGUAAUUCGCAUUUUAAAACGUUAACAAUUGAAAAGCAGUUUGUGACAUAGUAUCAGUAUCUUUAGUCUUCCACUGUAUCUCCAGGCUGUGAUAUUAUUUUCGACUGAGUAUUUCAUUCCUUUCUUGUAAUCUCUCAUAAGAGAAAAUCGUAAAAAAAUGUUGUAAUCGUUAUCGAAUUUGCGAGGCAUCAAACUGAUGGAUUUGUUUUAAAUGAUUCAACCAACGUAUCUCUUAUAUAUGUAAGUGCAACAGAGAUUUUAAUGGAUUAACAAAAGUGACUUGAUCAUUGUUGGACACGAGAAACUCUACACGUAUAAAAGAAAAGAAAAGAAAAAGAGCUAAUUCGCAUACUGAGUAAACUCGAUACGCAUAAGUACUUACUUGUGUUAGAUUACAUUCGCUAAAUUAAGUGUGAAGUAUUGAAGUUAGAAUCUGUCCAAUUCGCAUUGCUGUAUGUAUCUAUCAUGAGACUUAUCUUAUGUGUUGCGUGUUGUGGUUUAUGAGCGUGGAUGUGUUUGCAUGUGUGUAUGUGACGAUCGAGCCAGUAAUUUGUUAAUUUAUGUUGCUACUAUUGAUAGUUUACACUCUCCAAUAGUUGUAUAAUUCAUGUUAUCGUCAUUAAAGGUAAUGCAAUACACCGAAAUAUGUCCUACGGAUAAAUAUUGUAAUAGUAGUAUGCCUUAUUGUGCCACUGGAUCUUCGUCUUUCUGCUUUCAAAGGGAGAAAGAUUUAUGAAAUAUCGAAGAUACAGAUUUCGUCGUACAUCCGCGAUCUACACUGCUGGAUAAAACGAUUCGACACUUUAGUAAAUUUUUAUAAAUGCCUUCAUAAGUCAAUAACAUUAGCGAAUUAAAAAUUGCAUAUGAACGGCAAGACAUUGACAAGGAUUAUAUAAGAUAACUAAGAAAAGAUUUACUUAAAGAAUGAUUCAGAAUAAUUUCUUUAUUAAUACAGAAAAAAAGUAUUGAAUUUUAUUUUUAUCUACAAUAUUUUUCCAAGAAUGUAUCUUGUAAUUUAUAGUCCAAUUUAAAAUUCCGUUAUUUCCCUUUUAGCUAGAAAUUGAUUGCAAAUUUUAUUUGUUAAAAUAUUAUUUAAUAUUAACAUUUUUAUUUGUCAUAUAAUGCUAUUUGAUAUAAAAUCGUGCCCCAGGAACUUUCACGGUGUUUUAUCAUUAUGUCCAGCAAUGUAUUAUGUAUCCACAUGCUAUAUCCAGCGAUGGGCAUUCGAUUCUCUUUCUCUCGCAAGUUUUCAAGCAAUUCUGCUAGCCUAAAGUUUCGAAUGAUUUUGAAUAUUAUAUGGAAAUCAUUAAUUUUAUUGAAUCUUCAACAUCUUGAAGAACUUGCUAGUGUUUUAAAAAAUCAUUAAAAUCCUUCAAAUUCUUAAAUAAAGAUGUCGAAAAUCUUGGAAUUUUUAAAAGAUAAUUUGACAGAACGAUAGAAAUUUAAUAUUAUGUAUCAAUAUUUGAACGAAUACAUUUAUUGAAGCUAUGAAUUAUUGCGAUUAGUUAAUUAUCAUGACUACAUUACAUGGAAAAUAAUUUUAAUUAUUUUCUUAAUGUAGAUUUAUCGUAAAAAUUUUUAAUAAACGCAAAUGUUUCAAGAUGAAACUUGAGGAGGCUUUUAAAAUGAUCUUUCACUAGUCUUUCAAGAACUUUUUAUUUCAGAUAAUAUUCGAAAUAAUUCAAAACUUUUGUCGUAAUGAUUUAAAGCACUUGUUUAUCCAUCACUAAAGCUACAUCGCAAUUCUAGUCUUGAGUGACAUGCGACAUAGAGAAGUGUUUCCGACCAAAUAGCAUGUAUCGAAUCAGAGAGUUGAUGAAUUGACGGCGGUAAUAAUAUCCGAAAUGGCUAAUAAUGUGCCAGUAAUACUUAGUUUUCUCAUUUGACUUGCGUUUUUCCUUGUGCAACGAUAUUCCUAAUGUUUUUUUUUUUUGUUUUAAUUUAUCAAACGUAGCGCGUUAGUAGCUGUUAUGUAUGAUUAGCAAUGUGUCAUUGUGCAUGUAACAAUGCACUUUGCAUCGGACCAAUUUCAAGGAGCAAUUGAGCUUGCGACUAUCUUUUCUUCCUUUUGCUCAUAUUCCUUCGUACCGUAUACAGCGUAUUCUUCGCCGAUGUAAAAACCCAUUGUAUGGAAUUUCAAAAUAUCAUGCGUACCUAUACUAAUAAACUUUACUGCCCCUGCCGGUGAGUCAUGGUGAUUUAAAUAUUAUUUCCACGCGCGUGCACCGUGACCGUAAAAUAUAUUUAUACAAAGUUGGAGCCCUGUACAUGGCUCAACAGAUAUCUGCGAAAAGUAAAUUUUCAAGUAAUUCUCAAAUCCCCAUAUUAAUGCAAUUAAGGAAAGCAAUACGAGUCUCAAACUCGAUUGCGUGCUGACAAUCGUCCGGUGUCAUCAUACAAGAACGCUUGUAUCAUUAAAACUAUCUUGAUACUUUC